AUGUCGAGUGGAACUGCAGUCCAUUAUAAUGCGGGUUGCAUCUUUCCACCUCGUUGGCAAGGCAAGUGGUUCCAGUCUGGUGUGAUCCAGCCGAUCGUCAUCGAAGGUAACAUCCUUUCGAAUAAGGGACGCUGCCUGUCUUCUGAAGGGGAUAAGUUUCUGAUAGUGGACGAGAAAGGAUGCUAUCGCUGUGUUGUAAUGCACGAGAAGCAUAUUAAUGUUCUACAGUAUAAAGAAACGUUUUGUCAUCGCCGUGAUGCACUCCCUCAUCUGUGUUCCUUGAUCACCGGCGACGCUCUCCUUUACUCAAUGUUCAGAGAAAAUGCUGAGCCGGUCGACUGUCCACUAAAAGCGCCAUUUUCCUUUACAUACAACAGAGGUCAUGGUGACUGCAAGUUUCCGGCAUCAUCCAUAGAGAGCUGUACCGAGGACUCCAGACUUCUCCUGAAUUAUCAAGCGUGUCCCGAUGUCUACGGAUCAGAAAGUACCGUUGAAGAGUUAGAGUGUCUUGCGACGUGGAAGGAGGGGAGUCUCAGGUUCCUGGUGGGGAAGCUCCAUCAUAACCACGCCACGAGCAAUGAGGACCGCUACAGAUGCUUUGUCUACGAGAAGACAAAUGGUAUUGGUUCAGCACCUGGGUUGAAGGAUAAUCCUGUGACUCCUGGUGGAGUGGAAUAUAGAGUAGCUCAGUCUGGUGACGCAACUUGUAACGGUCUGUUCAGUGCUACUGAAGGUUCUAGGACCAUGGCCUUAAAAAGAGUUUCAGUAAAAUUCAACUGUCAGUUCCCCUCCUGGAUGACAUUCUCUCACACGUGGCACACCCUGGACUUUACGAGUAACUACACGUUCUACCAACGAAAUGCGACGCUCCGUAUAACGAACCAUACCGGUGCGGAGGUAAAAGUAUUCUGCGUCAAUGUGAAGGCUAGUUCGCCGAGUGGAAAUUCCGUCGCAUUGGUUGCGCAUUGGCAACACCAUUGCGUCUCUCGCUACGUUUGCGUGGUAUUAUACCGACGGGAUACGUACAUAGCUGAACUGCAACGCGGAUCACCAACAUCCAGACCGGAUGAUGCCUGUUCUCCUCACCAUUUUAAUGCUGUUACCGCACCUUAUAUUACAUUAGUUGCAAGUAAUCCGGAAUCCAAGGAAUGCCCAUACUCCGGGAAAUACACAAUCUCAAACCACAGACACCAGAGAAGCAUAUCAAAUAACCUCAGACUACGAUCGCGAAGAGAUAACCCCGUAAAUUAUAACCAUAGAGCAAACAGUUCUAGAAUGUUCAAUUUUAGCCUUAGGAAUAUAUCGGAGACGCCAAUUCUGAGGGAUAAGAGGAAUGAUCAAAUAAGUUGUGUCAGCAGUACAUAUAGCAAGCUGGAAGUAGGGUGUAACACAGCUAAGAAUAUGGAAUUUUAUUCAACUUGUGAUAAUAAAGAAUUAGUUACAGCAUAUACAUGCCACGGUGGAUGGUACGAGAACGGCGCAUCAUUCGUAGUUACGACACCCGUGACGCGCGACAGUACGGCAGCGAGACGAUACUGCUUCGUAUCGCGAGAUGCGAGGGAAGGGGUUCUCGCUGUGGGGCAAAGUGCCACCAACUGUGAACGUGGUGUCGAUCCGGAGCCUUUGUUGUUCGACGCUUCGUUUACUGGGAAAUGUCAGGACGAAACUAAUAAGCAGCCACUUAUAAGAAUACCGUCUCCUUAUAUCAUCUACAUCGCGCCUAUUGUUCUCCAUUACAUUAUACCAAGAUGA